AUGACCACCCUCAUUAUUGAUUUUGUGGAAGUGACAGUGGAGGUGGCCGUCAAGGGCGCAUGGGAGAUGGUGGCUUACUCGUCGGCAAGGCCCAGGCUGUGCAAGGUCGACGGCAAGGAUGCAGAGUUCGCGUACGAAAACGGCGUGGUCACCGUUGCCGUGCCGUGGACAGGGUCGUCUUCGAAGUUGAGGAUCUCAGAGGGGCCGGUCUACGUCAGCGACUCUGUCGGCAGCCACGACUUCGCGCUGCUCCGCCGCCUCGCGCUGCCCGACGGCACGGUGCUGCGCUGCGAGCACCACGCGCUCCCCACCCGCGACUGCCUCUUCCUCGACCCGCUCCACGACGGCCAGACCAUGCUCAAGAUCUGGAACCUCAACAAGUUCUCCGGCGUGCUCGGCGCCUUCAACUGCCAGGGCGGCGGGUGGAGCCCCGAGGCGCGCCGCAACAAGUGCGCCUCGCAGUGCUCUGUGCCCGCGCGCGCCGGGCCGGCGGACAUCGAGUGGAAGCAGGGCAAGAGCCACCCUGUCCCUGAUGUUGAGGACGCGACUCAGUUCGCCGUCUACUACGUCGAGUCCAAGAAGCUCGAGCUUCUGCUACCCGACGAGACGGUGGAGAUCACUCUCCAGCCCUUCAACUACGAGCUCCUCGUGGUGGCGCCCGUGAGUGUCCUCCGUCUCGGCAGUGGUGGUGGCGAUGGGUUCGCACCCAUCGGGCUCGCCAACAUGCUCAACUCGGGUGGCGCGAUGCAGGCCUUUGAGACCAACCGCAACGGGGACGAGGUGACAGUGGCAGUAGCCAUCAAGGGCGCAGGGGAGAUGGUGGCUUACUCGUCGGCAAGGCCCAGGCUGUGCAAGGUCGACGGCGAGGAUGCAGAGUUCGCGUACGAAGACGGCGUGGUCACCGUCGCCGUGCCAUGGACAGGGUCGUCGUCGAAGCUGGCCCGUGUCGAGUACAUCUACUGAAUCUGACCAGGAUACAAGGGAUCUGUCAUCCGGAAGCUUUUACAUCCGGGUCGAAAUAAUUUAUUAAUGGGAACUUCGAAA